AUGUACAUGAGUGACCAGAGACAUUUAAUGUGCCCUUCAAAGCAAGGAAUAUCUUGGCCAACUGCUGUGAGCAAAACACAUGCUGAUAAAAUAAGAAAUGCACAUAUAAACCAACAAAGCAGAGAAUCCCAUUCUGCAGAAAAGCUUCCCAAUCAGCAGAAAAGAUCAGCUUCUCUCCCACCAGCACAGACACUAACUCAGAGGGAGCCACAGGGUCAUCGACAAGAAGAAACUAUUUUACCGAAUGAUACAAGACAUAGACCACAGGAAAUUAGUUCUUUUGAUUACCACAACCAACCAUCACCAAAGUCAUCCUAUCGAGGCACUGGUGGCUCUAACAAAAGUGAUGUAAACACAAGUCAAGAAGAAGACACGGUUGAAGUUUACACUUCCCAGUACUGCAAUCCUCGAUCAAAACAAAUUGGACAACCAACUCAAGAAACGGAGAUGAAGCCAUUGGCAGAGACUGUCAACUACCCAAGUGAUACAACAAUUGUGGCCAGAGGCUUCUACACACCAAACAUUACACAAAAUACUGAUAACAAAGACUCUGUGACAGAGGAUAGUAAUUCUUCUGAUAUAAGCCAACAAUCUACAGGAAAUAUUUAUCGCAAUCCUAGACCCUUACCUCCAGUACCUCACUAA